AUGUCAGAACCAGUUAAUAAAGUAAAACAAACUCAACAACAAGUUGAUGAUGUUACAAAUACCAUGCACAUUGCAGUUGGUAAAAUGUUAGAUAAUCAACAAAAAGUUUCAGAAUUAACAGAUAAGAGUGAAAAUAUGAAACAAGGUGCUCAACAAUUCAAAAAGAAGACUAAUGAAAUCAAACGUUUAAUGUGGUGUAGAAAUAUAAAACUUACUCUUAUCAUUAUUGCAGUAGUUGUGCUCUUAUUGGUUGUUAUUAUUGUACCAAUUGUUCUCAAAUUUACAUAA